GGCUCCGCGCGGCUGAGGCCCUGCCGGGUCGGGUGGGCUCGUGUCCGCGGACGGGAGCGGGGAGUCCUCCCCUCCCCCAGCGCCGUGCGCCCGCCGCGUCCCGGCCCGCAGGGCGGGCUCUCGGUCGGGACUCGGGAGGCGCGGCGCGGCCGGGGCGGGGCUGCGGGCGGCGGGAGGGCUGCGCCCCCCGAGCGUUCGCGGGGAGCGCGGGGCGCCUGGGAGCAGCGCGCGCAGCUCUCCGGGGAACGAAAGGGUGGUCUGGGGACGUUGUGUCCGGGGCUCGUGCUGACCCCUGUGUAGGGGGCUUUCGGAAGACCCCGUUUCCUUCGUCUGGGCUUUCGCAUCACCCUCACGACAAGCCUCCUUGUCGGUGUAAACGUGCCGUUGUGCACAGUGGAAGGCAGCUCCUGGCGGCGGCAUGGUAGACCCCAGGGCACCAGCCGGCGGGUGGGAGAGGUAGGGUGCCAAUACGAAUAGGUUUCACUCCCUGCGUCUGGCUCUGCCUCGUCUCCUCCGUGCCCCAAACCCGACGCGGCAGCCCUCGGAGCCCUUAGUAGAGUGUCCUCUCCCCCACAUUCCCGGAGGGGUGAUUGUGGAGUGCACGCGGACAGAAUCUCAGCGCGCGGGAAAUGUGUGCUGGGAUUUGUGGCUUCUCUCCAGAGCCCCUGGGUCAGACGGCGGCUCUUGACCCUGCCUCGCCGUCCAGGCCGUCUCCGUCCUCAAAGACACCGUCUGGUACCUAAUGGAGUGCUGGCCAAGAGAAAGGCAGGAAAGGGAGUCUCAGGAACACUGCCACUUGGAAGAACAGCCUUUCUGACAGACCCCUCACCGGAGCUUCAGAGCAGAGGCGGAAGGUUCCAGACGGGAGCAGGUCCAGAUUUGUUCCACCAGAAGCAGUUCUUGAUCCCUGUAUAGCAUGAAUCAGACUGGAUGAUGUCACCACGUCCAGAAGCCAUCACAGACUGUGUGACAGUGGACACUGUGGACCAGCUUGCAGAAGGUGGUAACCGGGCGUUGAGAGGGGUGGGUGACUGUCAGGCUGCCCAGGAAAAGGCAGCUCACUGGAUGGCUGGUGAGGACAUGGUGUCCGGGGAAGGUGUACCCAGCCAGUGCUGACAAAAUCCUCAACAGCACCCUGUUUCCUUCACUCUGCCCUCACUCUUCAGAUUCCGAGCUGCCCUCACACCAUGUUCAUCAGCACGUGUGGCGUCUAGAGUUAUGCCGAUGCUGCCUCUUUCCUGAACGUAGAGAAUAACGAAAUGAUAGUAGAAGAAGGGUUUUCUACACUGGGCGCCUUUGGAAGCCCAAAACUAUCAGGCCUGAAAUGAAUGGUUUUUGUAGAGUCAGCCAGGACAGAACCAAGAACUAAGCGUGGUGCUGCUGACUUACACGCGUCUGAACCUUCACAGUUCUUUACAUGCUUCCAGGAGUAGCAGAAAAUGAACAUAGCUCAGGGAUCAGUGUCAUUUGAAGACGUGGCUGUGGAGCUCACCCAGGAGGAGUGGCGGCAGAUGGACUCUGCGCAGAGGGCCCUGUACAGGGAUGUGAUGCUGGAGAACUACAGCCACCUCGUCUCCGUGGGGUACUGCAUUACUAAACCCAAGGUGAUUUUCAAGUUGGAGCAAGGAGAAGAGCCCUGGUCCUUAGAGGAAGAAUGCCUAAACCAGAGGUACCCAGGAUUUUACCAAGUCGAUGUCCACGUUGAGGGGAACCAGGAAAAACAAGAGAAACCUCUGUGGCAAGUACUAUUCAUGGAUAACAAAACAUUGAGUACAGAAGUACAGAAAGUUUUAGAAAAACCAUUUAAUCUGGAUUCAACUGCAGAUUUUUCGGGAACAAUGCCCUAUAAAUGUGACUCUGGUAGAAUGAAUUUGCCGGUUGUUUCUGAAUUAAUUAUUAAUGAUAGAAACUAUUCAAGAAAGAAAGCUGAUUACCUGAAUGUAUGUGAAAAGUUGCAGGUUGAUGUUAAGCAGGAGAAAACUCAUAGUGGAGAGAAGUCUUAUGAAUGUAAUAAAAAUGUGAAAGCUCUCAGUUAUGAGAAAGAUCAUCAGAAAUUUCAAACUCUGGAGCAAUCUUUUGAAUGUAAUGAAUUUGGGAAAGUUUUGCAUGAUAAGACUGUCGGUGUUACAGCUAAGAGUUCUCUAACAGGAGAGGAAUCCUGUAAGAAUUUUGAAUUUAGGAAAAACUUUGAUAAAGCAACUCUAUUUAACCACAUGAGAAAUGGCACAAGGGAAAAGUGCUUUAGUCUUAAUGAAGAUGGGAAACCCUGUGACAAAACCACCAUUGUGGAAUACAAUAAAGUUCGCAUGGCUAUGACACGCUAUGAAUGUCAUGAAAGUGGGAAUAACUUCAACAGGAAUUCACCCCUCACUCAACCUCAGAGAACUGUUAUAGGACAGGUUGCUUUUGAAAGCGGUAAAUCUGAAGAAAACUUGAGCCAGAGCUCAGCCCAUGUAGUACAUCAGAAGACACAAACUGGAGAUAAAUUCUGUGUUUAUAAUGAAUGUACAAAUGCCUUCUGUCAGAAAUUAGACCUUACAGUACAUCAGAGAACUCACACAGAAGAGAAAUUCUACCAGUGUGGUAAAUAUGGGAAAUCCUUCCAUCAAAACUCAGCCCUCCAUGUACUUCAGCAAAGUGACACAGGAGAGAAGUCAUUUGAAUAUAGUGAACGUAGGAAAUUCUUUUACCAGAAAGCACACCUCAUUCAGCAUCAAAAGAUCCAGUCAGGGGAGAAACGUUAUGAAUGUGAGGAAUGUGGGGAAUCCUUUUCUCCCAAUUCACAUUCUAUUCAUUAUCCUGGAACUCAUAUGGGGGUCAAUGUCUGUGAAUGUAGUGAAUGUGGGAAAACUUUCUGUCAGAAAUCAAACCUCAGUGAAUAUCUGUCAGCUGAUACAAAAGAGAAACCUAGUGAUAACAACGGACGUGGGAAAUCUUACAAGAAGUCUUCCCUCACCGUACACCAGAGAACACACAGAGAUAGGAAACCCUUUCAAGGUAAUGAAUAUGGGAAAACAUUCUCCAAGAUGGCACAUCUCACAGAAUAUCAGAGAAUUCACACAGGGGAGAAGCUGUAUGAAUGUAUCGAAUGUGGGAAAACUUUCUCCAAGACAUCGCAUCUGAGAGCACAUCAGAGAAUUCACACAGGCAAAACAGCCUAUGAAUGUAUUGAGUGUAGGAAAACUUUCUCUCACAAGACUCACCUCCUUGCACAUCAGAGAAUUCAUACAGGGGAGAAACCUUGUGAAUGUAAUGAAUGUGGGAAAACUUUUGCUGAUAAUUCAACCCUCAGAGCACAUCAGAGAACUCACACAGGGGAGAAACCCUACGAGUGUAAUGAUUGUGGGAAGUCUUUUGCCCAUAUAUCUGUUCUCAGAGGACAUCAGAGAAUUCACACAGGGGAGAAACCUUACGAAUGUUAUGACUGUGGGAGAUCUUUUGCCCAUCAUUCAGCUCUCAGAGCACAUCAGAGAGUUCACACAGGUGAGAAACCCUAUGAAUGUAAUGACUGUGAGAAAACUUUUGCCCAUAAUUCAGCUCUCAGAGUACAUCAGAGAGUUCACACAGGGGAGAAACCAUAUGAAUGUAAUCUGUGUGAGAAAACCUUUGCCCAUAAUUCAGCCCUCAGAGCACAUCAGAAAAUUCACACUGGGGAGAAACUCUAUCAAUGUAAUGAAUGUGGGAAAACUUUUUCCCAGAAGACGCACCUCAGUACCCAUGAGAGGAUUCACACAGGGGAGAAGCCCUAUGAGUGUACUGAAUGUGGGAAAACCUUCUCCCAGAAAUCAUACCUCAGUGGUCAUGAGAGAAUUCACAAAGGGGAAAAACCUUAUGAAUGUAACGAAUGUGGGAAAACCUUCGUUUAUAAGGCAGCCCUCAUAGUCCAUCAGAGAAUUCACACAGGGGAGAAACCGUAUGAAUGUAACGAAUGUGGGAAAACUUUCUCCCAAAGGACACACCUCAGUGCACAUCAGCGAACUCACACAGGGGAGAAACCGUAUGAAUGUAAUGAAUGUGCGAAAACUUUCGCUGAUAAUUCAGCCCUCAGGGCACAUCAGAGAAUUCACACAGGGGAGAAACCCUAUGAAUGUAAUGAAUGUGGGAAAACUUUCACCAAGACAUCACACCUCAGAGCACAUCAGAGGACUCGUGCAGGGGAGAAACCCUAUGAAUGUAAUGAAUGUGGGAAAACUUUCUCCCAGAAGUCAUAUGUUAGUGCACAUCAGAGAAUUCACACAGGGGAGAAACCCUAUGAGUGUAAUGUAUGUGGGAAAUCUUUUGCCCAUAAUUCCACCCUCAGAGUACAUCAGAGGAUUCAUACAGGUGUAAAAUCCUAUGAAUGUAAUGAAUGUGGGAAAACUUUCUCCCAGAAGUCACACCUUAGUGCACAUCAGAGAAUUCACACAGGGGAGAAACCCUAUGAGUGUAAUGAGUGUGGGAAAUCUUUUGCCCAAAAUUCAACUCUGAGAGUCCACCAAAGAAUUCACACAGGGGAAAAGCCCUAUGAAUGUAAUGACUGUGGGAAAACUUUUGUCCGUAAGGCAGCUCUUAGAGUACAUCACACCAGAAUGCACACCAGAGAGAAAACGCUGGCAUGUAAUGAAUUUGGAAAGCCCUAAAGGAACUCAUAUGUUAUUAGGUAACACACAGGGGAGAAGCUCGUGUCACAUAGACCUGCAGAUUAUUUCCCUUAACUAAUUCCUUUUCCACUAGGCACAUACCUUGCCUAAGUUUCCCAGUCUGUCCUUCAUCCAGGUGCGGCUGAUCAUGGAAUAUGACACUACUACAUUUAAGCUAAGUCUGGACUUAAAAAGUCACCUUAGAUUCUUCCUGUCCUGUGUUAUACUGGAAUGGAGAGACUUCCAUGCAGACUUGGCUGCUGUGUGUUGAAGAUGGUAGAGCACAAGGUGAAAGAGACUAGAAUCUGAAUAACUGGGUGAAACAGAAUUCUCCACUAACAUCUUCACCAGUUGGCUUUUUGUUUUUUUAGGCAAGGAUUAAGUUUGGCUCUGUUGAGCUCUUACAGAUU